CUUUUUCAUCGAUCCUAACCUGUCUUUUCAGACUUUAUAUCACGACCUUGAUUUAUUUAUUUCGACAUUUGUUUACGAAAUGAUGUUUUAUUGACAUUAUUUGUAUAAAAAUGUGCUAGAUAAUCUUUUCAUUUUAUUUUACACCAAUCGCAUUAUCAAAAUGAAUGACCAGCAAGUUGGAGGGGUUGGAGACCCUUCGAGACCGCUCGUCAUCGAAAACAUUAUAUACUUUUUCCUCAGAGAUGAGACUACGAAACAGAGCAAUUCACACGUGUAUUAAUAGUUGAAAAGAAUAUUCUGCUCGACGACGCGACGGGCAAAUGAUAAAAAAUUUGUAGACGUGUCGUUUUUCGUCUACUUUUCUUCUUACCGUACUCAUCAACGACCGUUGAUCUUGACUUGAGUUGAAAAUUUCCGAAUUUUACGGCCUCGAUUAUUGUAAAAGCGGAACAUGAAGUUAAACGAAUACAUCGUAUUUUUGAGCACCAGUAUGUGGGCGGGUGCGUUUCUUCAGCUAGUCGAAGCGAGGGAACAGUCGGCGGGGAAACCUGCGGGAGGCAGUGGUGGUUCGCGGGAUGAUUCAGAAGACCCAGACCUUGCCAAGUAUCGUGAGCUGUUCAUUGAGAGACGAAGCCAGCACAUGCCUGCCCUUCAGAGUCUGUUUGAAUCCUAUGAUUAUGAGAAGCAACAUAAGAUGGUUAUCAUGCUGUUGGAGAAGAUGGAAGAGAUGCUCGUUCAGUCAAGACUGUUUUUGAACGAACAACAGUUUCAAAUUGGAGACAAAUUUCCUACAGACCAAACUAUGAAAGACACAAUGUCUCUGAUUCUGGAAAAUGUAGCUUUCGUUUGCGACAUCGUACUGAGGUUACCAGAUAUCACAAACAAGAUACUCAAAAAGAAAAAAGAAUGGAACUCUAUUCUCAAGUGGGCUUUUGAGUUUGCUCAGAGUACUGGUUACUACGACAACUCCCACCAAACACUGCUUCAUCUGGCAUCACAACAACUUAAUUUUAUUAAGAGGGAUGAGAAUUUUGUAAACCCAUACAGCAAAUUAAACCAACAGGAUAUGUUUGAUAUACCAUCAAAGCCUAAGAAGAAGGAGAAGAAACAGAAGAAGAGAGGUCCUAGGAUCAGUAAGAGUGAAUUAUAAUGAAGUAUGACACUUCUCUAUGUUUAUUAUUCAUUUUUAUAAUUGGUUAAUUUUCUAGAAUGUGUUUUAUUGUGAUGGAUAUAAUCAGCUUUUCAUACAUCAAGUCAUGAGUUUAAAGUAUCAAAUGUAAGAGCAAUUAUAAAAGGAAAACAGAUUGAAAUUUUAUAUGUAGCAGGUCAGUGGAGCUAGAAAGAAUGUUUGAAAUGUGAGAAUACUAAAUCACUGUAUCUUCAUUUGGCAAUUUGGUCAGUGGAUCGUGAUUUAAUCAAAGGGAAAGUUCCAGUGUGUGAUGUGUGACCACCUAUCUACAAAGACCACAAGUUUGGUUUCCCUGUGAAUAGCAUUCCACCAUUGAUGUAUUUCAGGAACCUGUCUAUAAAGUCUACCUGCUCUUAAAGUUUUUUUUAUUGACAGGCUUCACUGUACAUAUACCAAUAUUUUCUUUAUCACUUUGGUACACUGAUCAGUAUAUCAUUAUUCUUCCUCUUCGGUCAUAUUCCAGUGUUAUGUGAAUAUCACAACUCAAUCAAAUUUCGUGUGUUAACAUAUAUGCUGUAUAAUAAUGUUGUGCAAUGUUGCCUGUAUGAUAUGACAUAAUCAACAUUUCUUACAGGAAUGUCCACUACUGUAUGAUGGUAACUAUUAUACUUGUUAUGGUGUAAACAUUGAAAAACUGUCUUUUCUUGAGGUCUUUAUCUGGAAAGAUGGUCAUAUUCAAGAAUAAUAAUCUUUUGUAAAUCACAAAGUUUGUCAAAGCGAUUUUUUUUUAAAGAACUUAAGUUCACUUCAAUUGCAGUAUUCUCAAUUCUGUGAUACCUUCUGUAUCCAUUCUAAUAUUGAUUUUGGUGUUUAAUGGAGUAUGAUACUAUAUACCUUAGGUUGCAGUGACCAUCUAGUGUAUGUUGAUUCAUUCCACAUGCUCAGGGGGCCGCUUUAUAAAGCUGUUCGUAAGUUAAGACCUACUUUAAGAAUUGCUGGUGAUCCUUUCUUGUGGUAAAUUAAAUUUACCAUUAAAUGUUCAUUGAUGAUUAUUUAUGCAGAAAGGUGCACCAGUCGUUCUUAAAGUCGCUCUUAACUCAUGAAACACUCCCCAGGUCUGAGUAAGGAAUUGUGUGUCAACUAUAUGAUUAGAUACCAUAUUUGAUUUUAUAUCAAUCUACUAAGGAAUUUUUGCAUUUCUAACUCAAAACAGACAGACAUUCUAUUAUUGAAAUUUGAAAGUAUUUCUUAGAAGGCAGAUAUUUUCUUAUAUUACCCAAAGUAAUAUAAAUUUUGCUAUAAGGGUAACAACUUUCAAGUGCCUUCAUAUUUGCUUUGUACUAUUUCCAUUAACAAGGUAAAAUAUUAUAUGGUGUAAAAAUCUAUGAAACCUUGGGAGCUUGUGAAAUUUGCAAAAAAAAAUUGUAACACAAUAUUCAAUACAGUAUAUUUCAUUUGCACUGUGUGUCUUGUAUAUGUUAUAUGUUUCAAACUAAAAACUUCUGCUUUUAAAGGUCAUUCAAAAUUUUAAUGCAAGAAAUUAUAGUUGUGGGAAAUCUUUUCAUUUUAUCUGAAUGAAUUUUUGUGAUGGAGGGGGGUGGGGAUAACGUCAUAAUAAUCAACACUUCUGUUAUAAGCCUGAUUUGCUCAGUAUAUUGAUAUUGUUUGUCAGGUGAAGUCAUUUUAAGUCAUUGAUGACACAAUUUCUUAUCUAGGUUACUAAAGAAUAAAUUAAUUAAUCACACUUUUGAUUAUUGGUACAGUUUAUAGUAGUUAAAAACAAACAAAGGUGCCUUCAUUCAUGUAUCUGUGCAUUCCUUCCAAUCAGUACUACUGCAUUAGUUAGACACCUGUAAGGAGUUUCACAGUGUAAAGGAGCAUUACACACAUUUCUGAAUACUGCACUGACAUUGAACAGCGCCAUCUUGUGGCAACAUGUAUCAUUUGACGUCCCAUGGGCUUUCCCUCGCCGAAGCCCUACUUACGAAAGUGAGUGGCGCGUAUUAUCUGGAGAGAUUGAAGAGCGCCAUCAUAUUCAACUACUACUACUACUACUCUCUUAGAGAACAAUACAUACAUCCCUUCAGCGACCAUUGCUUCGUUAUGAAUUCCACACACUAAUCCAAUCCUGAAUGUAUCAUGUAACACUAUUCCCUACCCUAACCCUAAGCCUUACAAUAGACCCUUUUGAGAUCUUAGACCAAAUAAAGCCCAGAGCAAUUGUCGCAGGAGGGAAUGUCGUGUCGCCCCCUUGGGGGGUAUUGCAUUAAGUCAAACAAGUUGUAAGUUUUACAGGAACACAACUUUCAUUUUUUGAACAGCACCAUCUUUGGGUGGAAAGUGUGUGCCAAGAUGGAUUAUUUUGCCCAUUUAUGAGAGAAUGCACCUUCUCUGAGACAGGACAACUGUCCUUGAUACGAGCCCCACAUGAAAGUCCCUUGAAAGAUGUCUCCCUUGGUAACAGGUGCUCUUGUAGGAAAUCUUACCCAAUCAGCAUCUUCCAGGACAAACUUGCCAAUUGGGGAGUUAUCACGGAACUUGUUCUCCCCAAAUUUGUUGGACUUUGAAGAAAAUUUGGAGAUAGAAAUAAGCUUUAAUGCAUUAUAUGUCUGUGGUCCUCUCUUACUCUUUCUAAGCUGAAGAUGGCGAUAUUCAACAAGUCAGUGCAAUGCUAUAGAUCUAUAUUUGAGAGAGUUUUGUGAAGGCACAAACUUUUGUGUAUCAUCAUGACCUCGACUCCUUUGUUCUGUAGGCCCUAAUAGGUCUUAUUCAUAUGAUGUCAUAGUCUCAUAGUUGUCAGAGAUGCACCAGCUGUGAAUCACCAAUGCAUGCAAGCAAGGCAAUGGCUUCAGUCUCUAAGAUGACGGCAUGAUGACAUCAAUGCAUAAGGUCUAUUAUAUUGCAAGACAACCAAAUCACUAUUGUAACAGUGUAGUACUCUGAUCUAUAAAAAGUUUCUGUCAAAAUAAUACAGUGCUGUAUUAGACAGUGCAGUGUCACUUUAAAGACUACAAUGUUUCUUGUUUUUACUAUGAUUUUGUUUCCACUCUAUAAAUGCUUAGCAUGUAGAUAAUUCCGUCUUUAUGAGAUUUUGAUAUAAAACUUUUUUUAUUUGUUUGUA